UUUAUUCUCGCUAACAAAUUUGAAGUCUAAAAUUUGAACAUUAUGUUUUCUAUAUUCUUUUCCUCUGGGAAUCAUCAAAGUUUUAAUCUUCCAAGCACAACUCUCCUGACUUGUUUUUUAUAAAAAUCUAGCCGUUACGCCUUCUCAUAACCUGCCCUUUCGAUUCUGUCUUCCUUUGUUAAUCUUCUCUCAUCAAUUUCAACUCCCUUUUUGGGAAAUAUUACAUCCUUACCUUUCUGUGUUUCUCGCAAAACCUCCUCUGUUUCUUCUGUUAUUGCAAAGCUUUUUAAUCAAUCCCUUUUUGUUUAUAUAUGUAAACACAAACCCAUUUCUAGGAUUUUGUUGUGAUAUUGUUUUUAUUUUCCUAAAACGAUCAUUUCCCUUUUGGGAGUCCUCUAUUGGACUGCUCUGUUUCUGUUUCAGCAUUUAAUAGUUUCAGGCUAUAUUUCAGUAUCCACCAACCAGAUACAGUUUCUUUUUCCUCUACUUCAUUUAGUUUUUCUAAUAUUUAAUACUUGUCACACUAUCUGAUUUAUUUUCCGGAAAAAAUUAUAAACUUUCUGGGAAGCAAACACAAAAAAUGGGCUUUUGUUGGUUUAUGAAACUGGUAUUGAUUUUUGGUGUUUUGAGUUGUUGUGUUAAUGGUCUCGGUGUGAACUGGGGAACUCAAGCUAGUCACCAACUGUCGCCAGAGACAGUGGUACAGCUGUUGAAAGACAAUGGAAUUACAAAAGUGAAGCUUUUUGAUGCAGAUCAAAACACCAUGAGUGCUCUUGCUGGUUCUGGAAUUGAAGUUAUGGUGGCUAUUCCCAAUAACCAACUUCAGGCUAUGACUAGUUAUGAUAGAGCCAAAGAGUGGGUCCGGAGGAACGUCACAGCAUACAAUUUCAAUGGUGGUGUUAACAUCAAAUACGUUGCAGUUGGGAAUGAGCCUUUUCUCUCAUCCUACAAUAAUUCUUACGUAAAUAUCACUUUUCCAGCACUUCAGAACAUUCAAAAUGCUCUCAAUGAAGCAAAAGUUGGAGAUUCCAUAAAAGCUACUGUGCCCUUAAAUGCCGAUGUCUAUGAAUCCCCAACCAACAAUCCUUAUCCAUCUUUUGGAAGAUUCCGUUCUGAUAUCAGUGCACAAAUGAACCAAAUUGUUGAGUUUUUAAAUAAGAACAACGCUCCUUUCACUGUAAACAUCUAUCCUUUCCUAAGUCUCUACGGUAAUGACGAUUUCCCUGUAAAUUAUGCUUUCUUUGACGGGGGUACUACAAUCGUUGAUACUGGAAAUGGAAUUCACUACACCAAUGUAUUUGAUGCCAACUUUGAUACUUUGGUUUCGGCUUUAAAAGCUAUUGGAUAUGGAGGCAUGACCAUUUUGGUAGGAGAGGUUGGCUGGCCAACAGAUGGGGACAAGAAUGCGAACAAUGGUUUUGCUCUUAGAUUCUAUAAUGGGCUUUUACCUCGACUUGCAAACAGUAAAGGCACCCCUCUUAGGCCUGGAUACAUCGAAGUUUACUUGUUUGGUUUACUUGAUGAGGAUGGGAAGAGCAUUGCUCCAGGAAAUUUCGAGCGUCAUUGGGGAAUCUUUAGGUAUGAUGGACAGCCUAAAUUUUCGAUGGAUUUGUCUGGUCAGAAUCAAAACAAAUUCCUUGUUGGUGCAAAGGACGUGAAGUAUCUUCCUACCAGGUGGUGUAUGUUUAAUCAAAAUGCCAAGGAUGUGAGCAAACUUGCAGCUAACAUAGAUUUCGCAUGCAGUAAUUCUGACUGCACGGCACUUGGAUAUGGUUCUUCUUGUAACAAUUUGGAUGUGAAUGGAAAUGCUUCAUAUGCAUUUAACAUGUACUUCCAAAUGAAAAAUCAGGAUGAUUUGGCUUGCGGUUUUCAAGGUUUGGCCACAGUUACUACACAGAAUCUUUCAACAGGGCAAUGCAUUUUUCCCAUUCAGUUAGCUUCUUCUUCUUCUUCUUUCAGCCCCUCACUUGUGGGUUUGGCAUUUAUGAUGAUAUUAACAUUUCUGUUGUCAUAGAUUAGAUUUUGCAUGGAAUCUUCUUGUAUUCUCCAUUUUUCAACGGUUCAUUAUAGCCUACAUUAUUUAUCCUGAUUUAUUUAAUAAAACUGCAGUUCAUUUGGCUUGUAAGCCUCAGUACUGUUUAUCUAAA